GGCAUCAUUCGAUUUUCUGAUUUUGCAACGAAGACGUCGCUGGCAUCCCGCCUUCGACAUCGACAUCGGCAUCGGCAUCGUCCCAGCUCCAGCUUUUCUUUUUUUUUCUGUUGCUCGUCUAGACGGCUCGUCAGGCGAAACCGGUAAUAUUUCGGCUUCGUUUCGAUUCGUGUGAGUGUGUGUGUGUGAUAUUUUUUUUCGGAAAACUCGGAAAAUCCGAGCUCAGUUGGAAACCCAGCAGAAAUGCGCUGUCUCCUGCCCCUGGUGGCCGCGCUGCUCGUCGCGGCCGGCGUCCACGCGGAUGUCUCCCACCUGGACACGGAUCUGCAAGAGGACGGCUACCACUACAAGCAGCCAUCGGUGCCCUUCCCACCGCCUGGCUCCGGCAAUGAGAUCGACGAUUCGGGCAUAGGACCGGGUCCAGCUCCUUCGGCGCCAGGACCCUCCUAUGGACCGCCUCAGACGCAGCCACCGCCGCCACCUCGUCCUCAGCCCACAGCACCGGCUCCUUCGUACGGCCCGCCUCAGACCCAGCCGCCACGCCCUCAGCCGCAGCCCACACAGCCAGCGCCCUCGUAUGGGCCUCCCCAGACGCAGCCACCUCCACCUCCACCACCGCGUCCUCAGCCCACACAACCAGCUCCAUCCUAUGGUCCUCCACAGAAACAGCCGCCACGCCCACAGCCCCAGCCUCAACCGCAGCCGCAGCCCACUCAGCCAGCGCCGUCUUACGGACCUCCCCAGACGCAGCCGCCACCACCACCACGCCCACAGCCCCCAUCCCCACAGCCUGGACCGGAGUACCUGCCUCCUGAUCAGCCCAAGCCUCGUCCCACACCACCGCGCCCACAGCCACCACCGCCAAGACCACAGCCCCAGCCCAAACCUGAAUAUGGGCCCCCAUCAAGGCCGCAGCCGCAGCCACAGCCCACUCCCGGAUAUGGACCACCACCAAGGCCGCAGCCGCAGCCACAGCCUCAGCCGCAACCCACUCCCGGAUACGGACCACCACCAAGGCCGCAGCCGCAGCCACAGCCUCAGCCGCAACCCACUCCCGGAUACGGACCACCACCAAGGCCGCAGCCACAGCCUCAGCCUCAGCCACAGCCCACUCCCGGAUACGGGCCGCCACCAUCCCCGCCGGGACCAGCUCCCACAGCUCCAGCUCCAUCUUAUGGGCCACCACAAACGCAGCCACCUCGUCCACAACCACCACGCCCACAGCCGCCACGCCCACAACCUCCUCAGCCUCAGCCACAGCCUGGAUCUGAGUAUCUACCCCCACAGGGAGAGAAUGAGGUGACGCCUUCACAGCCCCAGCCAACGGCUCCAGUUCCGGACUAUAACCCACCACCCGGCCCUACUUACCAGCCACGCCCACCUGCACCGCCCGCACCACCUGCACCCACAUAUCAGCCACGCCCACCUGCACCACCCGCACCACCCGCCCCGCCAGCACCCACAUAUCAGCCCCGUCCUCCAGCACCGCCCGCACCACCCACUCAGGAGUACGGACCACCGCCAACCAGCCCCGGAGAGGAGGAGGCGGGCUCCCUGGGACCCGAUGGCUACAACUACAACAAACCUGCCAAGCCGUUCACCUUCUAGGCCUAUAAUGAUUUUUUUUUUCGUAUAAUUCUGUACGCGUACUCGUAUGUUUAGCCACAAAUUGGACCCCACCCCAAACUCCCCGCGAAGAGAUCAAUUUCCAAAUAAAAGACACAAAUCUACACCAAAAACCAAA